AUGUCACAAACUGGACCCGCGUCGUCGCCUAGGGAGUCCAGUUUGCCAGGGGCUCCUGUGGCAGUACUUCCAAGGCUGAAACAACUGAAUGCGCAGCCGUCUUCGUCGUCGUCGUCGUCGUCGCAAAAGCCACUUCAGUCUACUCAGCAUCUACGGCCUGCACCCUACGGCGUACUUACGCAGGCCCGAUCAAGAUCAAGCUCAGUGGCGUCAAUCGCAGGGUCCGCCUCACCUAUUGACAGCUCAGGGAUCUCAUCGGCAGGGAGUCCGUCUCUGCGCAGCGUGGAGCUUCCAUACCUGCAGCGGUCCGUGAGUCCAGCUCUGUCCUCUUCAAGCAAGUACUCGCCCCAACUACGCUCAAGCAUAUCAACGCCGCGUUUGCAAGCUGAGGCGGGCAUAAGCUUUAACGAUGUAGCUUCGCAGUGGCGGCAGCCUGUGGGGUCGAGUCCAGCGGAUGGACAGACAGCUCUACGACCGUCCAAACCGGAGGUCAUUGCCUCGCACGCGACGCUUUCGACGAGCGAAAGAACAAGGACACCGCCGCAUGCAUUCUUCUAUGAACAUACUGGCACUAUUGACUCGACAGAUGCGGCGGCGCUUCUUCAUCCGUCGGGCGAGACCCGAGGCUUGGGCCUCUCGCUCAGCAAGCCCCGGGUCCAUGACAUCGCACCCAUCAAUACGCGCGUUCGCAGUCCCACGCCCGAUAGUGGAACGUCAUCGCAUAUGCACAUGCAUAUUCCGUUGGGUCCGACGCUACGGUCGGCUCGGUCCAAUGCCCAUUUUUUGGGGGCGCUACGUUCCCGCAUGUCACCAGAGCCGAGCAGUUCGUCGCACCACGACGAAGGCGCACCAUUAUGGCGGAGCAACACGAAUCUACGGCGUCUAUUUCGAAUGCAUGAGGAAAACGGUCCUCGGUCGCGGACCACAUCCGGUACAUCGCAGAGCCUUAUGCCCAGCCCCGGCGUCGUGGCAUCACCCACGCCGUCGCCAUUGCUCGCCCACGACUCGCCAGACAUGCCCAACCCGUAUGCAACGCCUGAAUCUGUCGCAGCUCCUGUGUUCCGCAGUAGCGAUGAAAAUCGAGGCGAGCGGCACCGACGUUAUGUGCUGACGGAGCUGGCCGAGACAGAGCGGUCGUAUGCCAGUGAUAUGAAUGUGGUCAAGAACCUGUAUCUGGCACAAGCUCGUCUCCGCUCUGGCAUUCGGCCUACGACGCCGUCUUCGUCUUCGUCGCUCUCGCUGAUGUAUGCAUCGCAGGAUGCUCCAUCUUCUCGCACGCAGAGCGUGUCGUCUGAGCCGGACCCGGAGGUCGUCGGUGCUUGGUCCAGUGCGAAUCCCCCGACGUUUGUGUCUCCCUCCAGCGAAUCCCAACCCGAGAAUCGGCCGCCGAUGUUGAUGCCGCCGAUGCCUGGCAUGUCGGGGGGAGCCUCCGCGCCGCUCUCUGUCACAGACAUCCAUGUGAUCUUUGCGGGCGUCGAGGCAUGUGUCACUUUGGCGACGGACAUGGCCGAUCUGCUCGCUGCCGCCGCACGGAAUGAACGGCCUGUGAGUGGCGUGUUCUUGGAAAAGAUGCCGCUGAUUGAGCAGGUGUUUGCGCUCUACUGCGCACGCCACGAGGCGAGCAUUGCGCGGCUCGCUGAUGUGACGACGCGGAGUCCAGCUGCAGCCGCAUUUCUCCGUGACUGCGACGAUCUGUCUCGCCAGCACUCGACGGCCUGGGACUUGCCGUCUUUGCUAAUCAAGCCUGUGCAGCGUGUGCUCAAGUAUCCGUUGUUUUUGCAGUCGAUCAUCGAGUGCACGGACCCGUCCGAUCCCGAGUACGCACAGCUGCAACAAGCGCUGGAGCAGAUUCAGGGCGUCGCCGACCGGAUCAACGAGAGCAAGAAGCGCAUGGACAUUGUGGGGCAGCACGGGUUUGGUCUCCCGUCACUCUCACGCACAGGCUUUCGCCGGCCUGUUGCGCCUGCUGGUCUGCGGCGUGCCAAGACACCGACGGUCGAUGGUCCGCUGACCGAGGACGAAGACAGGUUCCAUGCGCUUGUCGCGCGGCUGAACGCGACAGAGCACACGAUUCGGCACUUUACGCAGCAUUGUGCGAUGUGGAUGCAAAACAUGCGUGCGAUGUAUACGGCCGAGGUGCGCAUGAUUGACGAAUGGAUUGCCGUGUAUGCAUGCAGCGACGUGCACGAGCCAGCGUCGCUGGAGCGGCUCAAGCAGUUUCGUGGACUAAUCCACUGGCGCAUCUUGAAUCAGGCGUGUGCGCAACUGGAGACGUCGCUGCACCGCUCGGUGUACGUGCUGAUCAACUCGAUGCUCAUUCUUUUGGAGCGCACGCAAAUGGUCCUUAUGAACCGCUCCGCCAAGGAAGGCGAGUAUCGGCGCUAUCUGCAUGAACGAGCGCGGCGGCCAAACACCAAGGGUCAAUGCGGUGCGCUGGCAUUUUGGUCAAUGCACAUGCAGCUGGUGGAUGAAAUCCCCCUCCUGUUGCGCGGCACAGACUUUGUGAUGCAGCGCUGUAUAUUAUCGCUUAUACGAUCUGCAGCGGUCCUUCUAUGGUCUUGUGGGCGACAUCCUCCGUGA